AUGGCCGCUCCUGACAGCAAGUCGAUCCACAAUCUGAAUGGAAAGUGGCAGAUGAACAAGACGCUCUCGGAUCCGUUUGAGCCGGUGCUGGCGCUGCAGGGCAUCGGGUUCCUGACGCGCAAGGCGAUCAACGCGGCGACGCUGACGCUGCACAUCACGCAGAUGGAAGCGCCGGCAUCGGAGGCGCUGGACCCGAUCGCGGACCCGACCGAGAAGGUGACGCACGUCAACAUCGACCAGACGCUGACGGGCGGCAUCAAGGGCACGUCCGAGAUGCGCUGUCUGGACAACCGCCGACGCAGCCACAGCGACUGGUUUUUUGGCACUGUCGAGGGCCGCACGCUCUGGGUGCGCGGGCCCGACGCUGCCGCCGCCGUCGUCAAGGAGUUUGGCGACGAGUAUCUCGGCCAGGGCUGGCCGGCUGGCGACGACCUGAUCGUCAGCUACGUCAAGAACACCGACCCCAACGGCGGCUGGGUCGCCGUCCAGGUCUGGGGCAUCAAGACGGCCAGCGACGGCAAUCGGCGAUACGUCCGCAACAUCGUCGUCACCAAGGGCUCGAAGCGGAUAGCCGUCCAGCUGGUCUACGACUUUGUCGGAGAGCGGGACAAGAAAGCCGACGAGGAUGCCGACCUGAACUACUAG